AUGGCUUUGUGCCUUUUGGAGGAUAUGGAGGAGGCAACUACGCCUCGUCUGGAGCAAGUGCAAGUGCUGCAGCGAGCAGCAGCAGUGGCAACUAUGGAUAUGGCUUUGGGAAUCCAGGAUACGGCUAUGGAUGGCCAGGCGCAGGAUAUGGUGGAGGAUUUGGAGGAGGCUAUGGAGCGGCGUCCACAAAAUUUAUUCCUUCUCCUAGGAAUCUGCUUAGUCUUCCUACUAAAUGAAGCCAACGCUGGCAAGCUCAAGCUUCUUGCCUUCAAAGGUCCACAUGGUGGUUUCGUCAAGGUGAAAGCGCGUACUCCAAAGCUGCUGGGUCUUAAAGCUGGUUUGAUUGGCGGCGCAUUGGGUGCUGGACUUGGCGGAGGCAUCAGCGGCGGAUUCGGUGGAGGCGUGAAUGUUGGCGGCGGCUUCGGUGGUUAUGGAGGCCACAGCAGCGGUUACGAGCAUCACGAGGAGCAUCAUGAGAGCCACUACAGCAGCGGCGGCAGUUAUGGAGGCGGCAGCUAUGGAGGCGGUGGCUUUGGAGGCGGUGGCUUCGGCGGUGGUGGCCUGUGGGGUAAAUAAGCGAGCUUAAAGCUCAACCAGAGACUUCUUGCCAUUAGCAUCAUUCUAUUUGUUAUUUAGUUUUAAGCUCAUUUCACAAUA